CAUAUUUCUUUCACAAAAACUUUGAUUAAUUUUCAUUUCUAUAAACAUUAUCUUUUAUUUUGUCUCUAGAAAAUGGAAGGAGGAGGAAGUUCUAGAAGCAAUAACAAAGCUAGUAAUCACAAGGAUUCCAAUGGUCUCAUUGAUGUUUUGUUUUCUUGGGACUUUAAGAAUGUGUUCAAUCAAAACUUCUACAAACUCAAGGUGGGAAAGAUUCCAAAAUCAUUUGAAUCAGAGGAGCAAUACAAAGGCUCAUACCUAUUCCCUUUGUUAGAAGAAACAAGAGCAGAAUUAUGUUGUAGUUUGAAGACAAUUCACAAAGCACCUUUCUCACAAGUGGUUUCUAUUGAACAUUCAAACAAAAAAAAAGGCAAAACCAUGUUCUCUGUUAAUGUUAGCACUUGGAUAAACACUAAUAAGAAGGGACAUCAACCAUACAAAGCACUUCCUGGGGAUAUUUUUGUAAUUUUGGACAUUGACCCUCAAACUAUUUCAAGUGAUUACUUGGAAAGCUCCUCAGAACUUAAUUGGGCUUUUGCUUGGUUAGGACAAGCUAAUGACAAUAAUACCCCUUCUAAUCUCAAGCUUCAUAUUUCCAACAACAUGGAUCAAGUUGAUGUACACAAAUCAACCACACUUUUCAUUGUUUUUCUUAUGAAUGUGACAACCAACUUGAGAAUAUGGAAGGCAUUACAAGGUUCUACUGAUGGCGGGAUCAUCAAACAUAUUUUGGGCACAACCUCGACGGGUAAUCAAACCUGCAAACAAUGCAAUCAAAAUGGAGAAGAUUCAACUCAAAAUUUCCCAACACUAUGCUUAUCAUCAUUGAAUGAAUCCCAAAAAGUUGCAAUAGAAAGUUGCAUAAAAAAUGUUAUUUGCCAACACAAGCCUUCAAUAGAGCUUAUAUGGGGGCCACCAGGUACAGGCAAAACCAAAACUACAAGUAUAUUACUUUGGAAAAUCUUAAGAAUGAGACACCAAAUUAGGACUCUUGCUUGUGCACCCACAAAUAUUGCCAUUACAAAUCUUGCCUCUCAAGUUGUGAAGUUACUAAAACAUGAUUCCCUUAGUAAAAAUGACUUCUUUUGCCCUUUGGGAGAAUUGCUCUUAUUUGGGAACAAAGAUAGACUUAAAUUUGAUUCUCAAUUGGAAGAUAUUUAUUUGGAUCAUAGAGUUGAAAAGCUUUUCAAAUGUUUAGGACAAAAUGGUUUGAAGUUUCAAAUAACAUCCAUGAUAGGGAUUCUGCAAGAAAAUAAGCCAUCAAAAAUGAAGAGAAUGUUCAAAUCCAUUGGUUCUUCAAUUUUAGAAUGUGUCAAUAUUUUAGUAACUCAUAUACCUAAACAAGUCAUUAUGGAGCAUAAUUUGGAAAAAAUGGAGAUUCUUGUUGAGUUGAUUGGGUGUAUUGGAACCCUUUUGAGGAAAGGUUAUGAUGAUGAUAAAGUGAGAGAAAGUUUGGUUGAUUUGAAGUGUCAUUGUUUGUUGGUUUUGAGGACACUUUUGGUUUCUCUUGAUGAAAUUGAAGUUCCAAGUAAAGUAAGCAAGAAUUCAAUUGAGAAGUUUUGUUUUCAGCAAGCUUCUUUGAUUUUUACCACAGCUUCAAAUUCCUUCAAACUAAACUCAGUGAAAAAGAAUUCACUGAAUUUGUUGGUUGUUGAUGAAGCUGCACAAUUGAAGGAGUGUGAAUCACUUAUACCUUUGCAACUUCAACAUAUAAACCAUGCUAUUCUUAUUGGUGAUGAGUUCCAAUUACCAGCAACAAUAAAGAGCAAGGUUUGUGAAGGAGCUAAAUUUGGUAGAAGCCUUUUUGAGAGGCUAAGUUUAUUAGGAUACUCAAAGCACCUAUUGAAUACACAAUAUAGGAUGCAUCCAUUAGUGAGUUGCUUCCCAAAUUCCAAAUUUUAUGGAAAUAAAAUUUUGGAUGGUUCCAUUGUAAUGGAUAAAGAGUAUGAAAAACAUUACCUUCCAAGUCCUCUAUUUGGACCAUAUUCUUUCAUCAAUGUUUGUGGUGGACAAGAGGAAAGCAAUGGUGAUGGACAAAGCAAGAAGAAUAUGGUUGAAGUAGUUGUUGUUACCCAAAUUAUCCAAAUGCUUUACAAAGCAUGGUGCAAGAACAAGAAGGAUCUUAGCAUUGGAGUAAUAUCUCCUUAUGCUGCACAAGUUUCAUCAAUUCAAGACAAAUUUGGAAGAAAAUAUGAGAAGAAUAAUGAAGGAUUUAGAGUAAAAGUAAAGUCUAUUGAUGGUUUUCAAGGUGGUGAAGAGGAUGUGAUCAUAAUAUCCACAGUCAGAUCCAACAAUGGAAAAAGCAUUGGAUUCCUCUCAAGUACACAAAGAACCAAUGUUGCUCUUACAAGAGCAAGGUUCUGCCUUUGGAUUGUGGGAGAUGCAACAACUUUAGGAAAGAGCAAUUCAGAAUGGAGAGAUGUUGUUAAUGAUGCCAAGGCUCGAAAAUGUUUCUUUAAUGUUGAGGAUGACAAAGAGUUGGCAGAUGGAAUGAGAAUGAUAAAAACUUGGCAAAUCUCUGAUAUCAAAGAAGAGAUCCUCAAACUUGAUAACAUUUACAACAAUGAUCACAGAGGAGUUUGAUUGCUAUUUACACUUAUGAAGAUUAUGAGUAUUAAAUUUGUAGUAUAUUAAUGAGAUAGAAAAUUUUAUAUUGUGAUAUACAUGAGUGGGAUCCCGUGGCGGAUAGCUUUGGUGUGUUCUUUGUUCCAAGUGUUUGAGGGGCCCUUAGGCCUAAGCGAAAGUAGGGUGUUGUGUGUCACAGUCAUAUUUGUUCAAGGCACGGUGCCCAUGGCGUGUGCAUGCUCUUCUCAACCUCAUUUUAUCAUACUUUCAUCUUGUGUAAUUCAUUAUGUAAUUUAGUUUACUUUUCUUGUACUAUUUAUUGUAAGUGACUCCUUGCCACUUUUCAUAUAUAAGGGUGAUAGUCACAAAAAUGCUUAUAGUAUACUUAGUAGACUAAUCAUCAUAUCUUUAUACCCGAAGUUAUAAGCUAUUAAGUUGUU